UCACACUCAUAGUAUAUAAUAGAAGGUUGAAAUGUCUCGGCAAUGGUGCUUUAAAUUUUAAGUAAAUUUCAUACAUUUCUAGCUGUACGAUAUUCCCGCGGAAUAGUGCAGCGUAUAACUAGUGCAUUUCUUCAUUUUAGAUUUCAACAGCUGCAUUUUUCUUCAGUUUAAAAUUUUCUGCUGUGAUAGUAAAAUUGAAAGAAAUGAGUCUAUCAGUUAUAAGAAAUGUAUUUAAAAAUUAUCCCAUCGUUAAAGGUAUGGCAACAUACAGUUUUAUCUGGCCAACAGGAUGCAUAAUACAGCAGACCAUUGAUGGGAAGAAUUUUCAAACGUACGACUAUAGGCAAUGCAUAAACUUUGCAGUUUUCGGGACGUUUUUUGUAGCACCUACACUGUACGGGUGGAUCAGAAUUUCAAGUCAAAUGUGGCCAACAAUGAGUUUAAAGGCAGGCCUAACAAAAGCAAUAGUGGAACAGUUUAGUUAUGGCCCAUUUGCCGGGACAAGCUUCUUUUUCGGGAUGAGCCUUCUAGAAGAGAAAACUGUCGAUGAGGCAGUCAAUGAAGUCAGAAAAAAAUUCCCAGACACUUAUAAGGUCGGCAUUUGCGUUUGGCCAGUUCUACAAACGAUAAAUUUCGCGCUCAUUCCGGAACACAAUCGGGUACCUUUCGUUAGUAUAUGCAGUUUGUUGUGGACAACAUUCCUAGCAUAUAUGAAACAACGGUCAGCAACGUCACCGGUGGCAAACCAGUCCACUUCUAUUAGUAUUCAACAGGAAGCUAUUGUCUAAAAAAGCAAACGAUAUAAUUAUGGAACCAAAGAUAUUUUAAUUCACUUGUUAAGUUU